AUGUCGCCGGCCGGCGGCAGCGCUGCCGUCGGCGACACCGCUCCCCUCGCCCACGCCUCUGAGUUUUCCAGCCACCUGUCUGGAGCCCUGGCUGAGCUGGAGGGCCUCCAUGCCAGCCACAGCGAGCGCAGCGCCAUCUCCCUGACAGCCGCCAGCUCGGCAGCCGAGCUCGCCGCCGUCCAGCAGACGCUGGCGGUGGCGGCGGCGCUGGAAAAGGCGCCGCUGCCGGCCUACACCUCGCUGGCACGCCAACAGCUGCACCACCGCCUCAAGGCUGCCAUUUCCACCAAGCCAGGCCCGCCGGGAUCUGCGGCGGCAGCAACCAGCGCAAGGCAGGCAGCCCGGCAGCCCCACCAGCACCACCCGCACGAGGGAGCGGCGGCGGGCCAGCCUUGGAGUGCUGCCAGCGCACAGCUGCGGGUCAGCCCACCGCUCGACCCACAUGGCCUGUCGCCGUUGGCAGGCAGGGGGGCAGAGGGGCUGCGGCCUGGCAGCGGCGGCAGCCAGGGUCGGGUGGGGCCGGGCUCGCCAGACGCGCCGGCCUGGCCUCAGCUGCACCGCACCUCAUCAGGGCAACCCGAGCUGGACCAAGCCGCGGGCUUCGUGCUGCCGCCGCCCAGCAUCCGCGGCCCCCGCAGCAGGCGCAAGCAGCAGCAGCAGCAGCAGCAGCAGCAGCAGCCUGUGCCGCCACCUCCAGCUGGCGGCGCAGCUGGCGGUACCGUCAUGAGCGGCGGCGGCACGGCUACCGCGCCGCACUGGCUGGCGGCAGAGCUGACGCAUCAGCAGCUGUACCAUGCGCUUGCACCUGCAGGGGACCAUGGCAGUACCAUCCCCGGCCAGCAUGCUCAGCGGAGCAGUCCCACCAGGCAGCCGCAGCAGCAGCCGCAGCAGCAGGCGGGCGUGCAGCGGGGGCUGCUGGUGCUGCUGAUGCCGCCGCUGACCGGAGGCUUUGCAGGCAAGUGGCAUCCCCAGCUGAGAGGCAGCAGCGGCUUUGUAGGAUCAUUCCUCAUGCUGUGUGCUGCAGACUUGAUGCCGGUGCGCGUGCGGGAUGCGGCGGGCCGCCCCUGCCUGCUGGUGCUCCCCAGCGACGCGCCCAGCACACGCCAGGAGGCGGCCAAGGCCGAAGCAGCCCUUCACCACAUGCUGGCCGACCCAGCCGCUGCGGCCAAGCGUGCGGCGGCCUGGCGGCAGCAGCUGCUGCUGGUGUCCAGCUCAGCGGCCCUGCUGGGCCUGACCGCCGGCGGCGUGGCUCCGCCACCGCACCAGCAGCAGCUGCGUGCGGAGCGAGCAGGGACGGCGGUCGGGGCGGCGCCUGGUGGCGGCACGCUGGCGGGUCCCUCCUGGCUGGCUGCCAGCCCUGCAGGCGCAGCGUCCGGGGUGGCGGCGGAGCUGGUACAGGCAGUACGUGGUACCAGCAGUUUCCUGCAGACCGACAGCUGCAGCGACACUGGCAGCUUGGGCAUGGGUGCGGGACCAGCCCCUACCGGCAGGCAGGGGCAGUCGCACCUAGGUCUGACCAAGGACCCACAGGCGGUAGCCGCACCAGUGGCGCACCUGUCCCUGGAGGUACCAGCCUCUGGUACCACCAGCGCCGCCGCCGCCGCCGCCGCAGGCCGCCUCCGCCCGCGCGCUGCCGCCGCCGCAGGGUCCCAGGCCGGCCCUGGCGACGACCCCGCCUGGGAUGGCUUCUGCUUUGCCUCGCUGGCGGCCGGCCUGGCGGUGUGCAUGGCAGAGGUGGUGCGGCAGGUGGAGGUGGGGUGCGCGGAGCGCGGGCGCCUGCUGGCGCAGCUGUGGAACGGCUACACUGGGGUGCUGACCGCCACCAUCCAGCAGCAGCAGCAGCAGGUGCAGCAACUGGCCACAGACAACGCCAACCUGUCGGCAGAGGCCUCCAUGCUGCGGUGGGAGGCCAGCGGCGCCGAGUUCCUGCGCAAGGAAAUCAUGCGCCUCCGCAACUUGCUGCCCAUUUGUUGUUUCUUACUUCUGAAGGACCAAGAGGCCUCCACCCUGCAGCUGCAAGACAGCCAGCAGGAGGCGGCAGCCCUGCGGGAGGAGGCGGCGGCGCAGGCGCAGGCGCUGCAGGAGCUCGCAGCGCACGUGAGGCGGCGGCGGGCGGCGGCGCGGUGGCGCUACGCAGCGGCUGCCGUGCUGCUGCCGGCUGCUGUGCGGAGCGAGCUGCUGCGCAGCCAGAGCCUGGGCAUCGGUCCUGAGGCACCAGCAGCCCCACUGCUGAAGCAGGUGGCAGCGGUGGAGGCUGCGGCGGCGGCGGUGGUCGGCAUGCGGCAGCGCCAGCGCGAGUGGCGGCAGCACGGCCGCGCCGAGGCUGCGGUGGUUGCCGCCCUGGGAGCGCCUGGUGCCGCAUGCAGCUCCCACUUUGGCCCGGCGCCGGGCGUGGCAGGAGCAGCAGCAGGCAAGAGCCUCAAGUCGCCCCGCCAGCCCAGCAGGCUUCGCGCGGCAGGCGGCCCAGGGGCCGCCGCUGCCGCUCCAGCCCAAGCCAGCGAGCAGCAGCAGCAGCAGCAGCAGGGCACGGGAGGCCACGCCGGCCCGGUCUCCUUGGCACUGCUGCACUGCCUGCGGCCCGAGGCACGGGCAGCGCUGCUGCUGAGCCUGCCGGCGGCGCAGCGGCAGCAGCUGCUGGCGGCUAUGGGCGACACGGAGCGGGCGGGAAUGGUGGUGCUGCUUGAUGAGUCGACCAGGUUGCAGCUCUAUUCUGAGAUGGGCCCUCCUCUGGCGGUGGCCACCGACGCCGUCAUCCGCCGCAAGCCGCUGCUGCUGGCCAAGCUGCUGGCGGGCCUGCCGCGGGAGCAAGCGGUGGCGCAGCUUGCCAGCCACGCCCUCUCCCCGCACCAGCAGGCAGCCGUGCUGCAGGCCGCGCAGCCGCAGCUGGCGGCGGCGUUGCUGCUGGCGCAGGCGCCCGAGACGCAGCCGCCGCUCCUGAUGGGCCUGCCUCCAGCCGCGGCUGCCUUGCUGCUGCAGUGGAUCCUGCCGCACACGGCCCUGCAGCUGCUGCUGAGCGCCGCAGAGGCCUGCCAGCAGCUGUCUGGUGGCAGCGCUGAAAGCAAGGACUGGGCAGCUGAAGUGCUAGUGCUCCUCCCCGAGCGACACACCAGCGGCAUGGUGGCAGUGGCGCAGCCCUCAGAAGCUGCCAUUCUCCUGCUGCUGCUUCCGCAGCACAAGCAGGGCUGGCUGCUGCAGCUGCUGCCUUCUGCUGGCAUCCGGUCGGCGGCCCUGGCAGCGGCGCACCAGCGGCACGCAGCAGCCGCCAGGCAGAGGGCGGCAGCUGCGGCAGCCGCAAAGGCAGCGGCCGAGGAGGCAGCCGCCCAAGCAGCUGCUGCAGCAGCAACGGUUGAGGAGGCAGCGGCAGCGGCAGCAGAUGCCCAGUCAUCCGGAGCAAGCGAGCAGGGUGCGGCGACACCUUCAGUGCAGGCAGUGUCAGCUGGAGAGCCGGCACCGGCAGCGGCGCUGACACCUGCGGAAGCGUCGACCGCAGAGCCUGCCGCCGCCUCAACAGCCGUUCCGCCGCUUCCCUCCCCGGCAGCGCAGCCAGCCUCAAUACCAGGCACACCAGCAGGCCCAGCGCCGCUGCCUGACCCCGAGCCGGCCGCUGCCCUGCCCGCCCUGGACCCCAGCAGCGCCCUCCACGCCCACUUCCAGCAGCUGAGCGCCGCCGAGAAGACGCACCUCCUGCUGAUGGGCCCCCCGGCGGCGGCGGCGCUGCUGCUGGCGCUGCUGUCCGAGGGAGAGGUGGGGGAGGUGGUGCUGCUGCUGCCGCAGCAGCGCCAGGCGCAGCUGCUGCAGGCGCUGCACCCGGGCGACGAGCAGCGGCUGAUGGGCGUCAUCCACGAGGCCAGCCGGCGGCGCAGCAGCCUGCUGAUGCCGCAGCAGCUGGCAGCGGCGGCGGCGGCGGCAGGGGUGGAUCCUGCCUCGCCUCGAGGCUCGCCACGAGGGCCGGCGCCGGACCCGCCGCAGCAGGCAGGGCUGCAGCGGAAGGCCUCGGUCGCGCAGCCCGCCAGGCGCCCCUCGGCGCUCGGCAGGAGGCCGUCUGCUGCGCAGGCGGCCGCUGCAGCAGCAAGCGCGGCAGCCGCGCCUGGCGUUGAUGAUGGCGCCGCCGGCGGCAGCAAGAGCAGGCGGGGGUCGCUGGCAUGCUCACAGCUGCGCAAGCAGCGCAGCGGCAGCUUGCUGUGA